AUGAAUCGGCUGCAAGGGAUCGAAGAUGAUCAGUCUGCGCUAAGUGUCAACCCUUGGAUGGAAGAGCUGGGAGAGCGAGAGCAAGAAGAGGAAGCACCCGAUGAUGAAGAGGUACAAGAAGAAAAAACUCAAGCGAGUCACCCGAUCCUUCCGCAGAUACGCAGCAUCCCCGGAACUCCUUCCAUGCCUAAGACCCAGACACCCAUAGGUCUGGCGCGAAUAUUCGACAAAGUCGACCGCCAGAUUGAAUUGCUAGAUAAGCAGCUCAAGAAUGUUGACGUUGAGCUCCUGCAGGCACACGAUCUAGUGAUGGCCGUAAGAAGUACGGUCACCAAUCUCAAUAAGCCUGAGGCCAGCGAACUCUUCGAAGUAGAUGCCUUGUCGAAUUAUUUGCGCAUCAGGGAUCAAUUGAAGGAAAUAGCGAAAAGAUUGAGCAUGGUAGUGCACGAUCAUGUAUCCCAGGUUGUUGGCGCCAAGAACACCUAUAAUACAGACUUCAUGUCCAACAGCUCUGAUUCAAGCAAGCCCGAAUCCGCUCCCACAACCUGUGACUCGACGGUUGUCGAACCUGAUAAAUCGGGUUUUCAAGAGGGAUCCAGCUCUUCCAAGCCUGCAUUAAUCGAAAUCAGCAUUCAUAACUCGAAUGUCCACGAGUCCAGGGCCUAUGCCUCAGAUGAUUCUGUUCCACCGCCGCCUCGCGGGCGGCAACCAAACAGGCGACGUUAUUCCAACCCACCGAAACAUAUACGUCGGCUACCACGCGAGCUUGAUGACCAAACACCAAAGUUUGAAUUUCAAACCCGUCGCAAGGUGCAUGAUGCGCCGAGAAUCGGCAAUAACAGCAACAUGGCCUCCGGCAACCUUAGCUUUAGUGACUUGACCAAUUCAUCUGACCUCGAGGAGUGGCCUCCUAGCCCAUAUCUUGCAAGAAAGAGGUCUCUUGUACCGCUGCCUCACCGACGACAACCAACUGGGCGACGUUAUACCAACCCACCGAAAAAUAUACGUCGACUGCCACGCGAACUUGAUGAGCGAAGUCCAAACUUGAAUUUUCAACCCCGUCGUACGGUGCAUGAUGCGCCGGAAAUCGACGAUAGCGGCAGCAUGGCCUCCGGCAGCCUCAUCUAUGAUGACUUCGCCGACUCAUCUGACCUGGAGGACUGGUCUCGCAGCUCAAUCCGUGCCCGAAAGAAAUCUAUCCCAUUCCGGCAGUAUCCCUAUCAUUACUGGGAUAUUCAAUCGGGUUCAGCCGCAAAAUUCAAAAGACAUCGAGCGGCCCUCAGUCACCUUGAAGUGAGUGUUACUGAACUCCGAAACCAUCUGGCAAAAGAGGGGGACCAGAAGCCUCCAGAGGAGCCACGAGUUGUUUUGGUGGAGCCCAAGGACACCCAAGCCUUAGAUCUUCGAGAGAUCUUGCAAGACGAGCAGAGUUCUCUCCUUGACAGGCUUUACAAAGUGCAAACUCAAUUACAGGCUAUGCGGAGCUCAGAAGCGCUCAAGUCUCCAGCAGGGGGUAUUCACGAGGUCGAGAGCAGCAAUAUUAAGUCGAAGCUCUGGACCCGAUGGAAAUCCAAAUUCAUAGACCAUAGCAAGAAGCAAGACUGCCAUGCUAUAGAAAAGUAG